GAUUAUUUAGGACCGUCGGCGCAGAAAGCAUCCCAUAGACGUCCGCUGGUCCCGCCAUGGCCCGGUUCCACAUCCACGCCGUCUGCUUCGUCGCGUUACUCUUUCAAACGUGCGCCCUCAGUGCGCUCGCAUGGGACUGGCCUGGUUUCACAGAAACGGAUGACACUGGUGACUUUGAGUAUUAUUACGAUUACACCACCGACAGCCCAGCAGAAGACUACGAUUCGACUUUUAACGACUGGUUGUAUGAACUCAUGGAUAUCGCAGAUCACUGUGAUCCAAACCCGUGUCUGAACAGUGGCAGCUGUGGCCACACUGCCAAUGGGAGCUUCAGAUGCGUCUGCCCUGAGCCGUACACGGGAAAGAAGUGUCAGACAGUGAAAGAUCUCUGCAAGAGCGUGAACUGUGGCCGGGGCACCUGCGUCGUCACGCCCACGGCUCCAUUCUCCGAGUGCAAGUGCAAGCAUCCAUACAAACCCCCCAACUGCACCAAAGCUUCUCUCUGCCGGCCCAAUCCCUGUCAGAACGGCGGCUCUUGCCUGAAAGGUCUCAAACGUUUCCAAUGUUCUUGUCGUCCUGGAUUUAGUGGAAAGCUCUGCGAAGUUGGACUAAAGGACUGUUACCAUGGGGAUGGAGAGUCUUACCGUGGCAUGGAGAGCGUAACGGUUAAAGAGGUAGAGUGUCUUGACUGGAAUUCCAAUUUCAUCCGGCAGAACGGGGGAGAACCCUUUGUCGAUUACGCCGGCUUUGAUGGAAUUGGACCGCACGAUUACUGCCGGAACCCUGAUGGAGAUGAUCAGCCAUGGUGCUUUAUUAAAAACAAUGGCAAACUGAAGUGGGACUAUUGUAAAGUUAGGAAAUGUACUGCAGCUCCAGCCACCCCGCCCAUCAUUGGUGAAACCGAUCCGACUCCGGCGCCGGCGCCGGCCCAGUUCUCCCAGUGCGGGAGGCCGCAGCCCAGCCGCAUGUCCAGGAUCUUCGGAGGGAAGAAGUCUCUCCCCGGGGCUCAUCCUUGGCAGGCUUCCCUGCAGACCAGAACCAAAGGCUCCUCGGGGCCCUUCCGCCACAUCUGUGGAGGCAUCCUCCUCCAGUCCUGCUGGGUUCUGACCGCUGCUCACUGCAUUGGAAGCGGAGUGGAAAUGCAGGUGGUGCUGGGAGGAGUGGACAUCGAGAAGGAGGAAAUAUUCGAUCAGGUCAUUCCUGUGGCGAAGGCCAUCGUGCAUGAGAACUACAAGCAGACCCCCGCCGCUCUUCAGAACGACGUCGCCUUGCUCCAGCUGAAGGUCCUGGACCGUCCGCACUGCGCCAAGGAGACCCGCUUCGUGAAGUCCGCCUGCCUGCCGAGCCAGGCCUUCAGCAGCGGGACGGAGUGUGUGGUGUCGGGGUGGGGAGUGACUGAAACACAGAAGUUCGGGACGGACCGUCUGCUGGAUGCUCGGGUCCUCCUGAUCUCGCAGGAGAAAUGUAGAGCUCCCCACGUCUACGGAGGCGAUCUGGACGACACCAUGCUCUGUGCAGGCAACUUGAGAGGAGGCGUCGACUCCUGCCAGGGGGACUCCGGGGGCCCUCUGGUGUGUGAGCGUAACGGGACCCACUAUGUCGUCGGUGUUGUGAGUUGGGGCGACGGCUGCGGCAAGAAGUACAAGCCCGGAGUUUACGCCAACGUCGGCAGAUUUGUUGCCUGGAUCGCUCGUCAUUUAGCUUCAUAAUGCGUCCAUAAUGUGCAUGAGCGUUUCUGACAUGCUGCCACUGACUCUGUCGUCGUUCUGUUGUGUCAAUAACACACUUUCCCUAAAGUAGAAAUGAGAUCUCUGACUCAGACAAACUUUGGGACAUGUUACCUCACAAGUUUUCAUGUUUUAACUUGUGUGCUUUUCUCCACAUAAUCUCACAAGUACAAUGGAAAAUCUUUACCGAGGAAAAAAUAUUAAACGUGUGUUCAAAAACAAA